AUGCCUUUCCAGCAGGGCUCUGCCCGGACGCGGCAGCGCACCGUCCUUCUGGUGGGGAUCGUGGUCCUGCUGGCCGCCCUCGUCCUCGCCGUCGUGCUGGCCUCUGUCCUGACUCACGGAAAGCAAGAGGUCGGUCCCAAAAUGCUGAAGUGGAAGGACAGAGGGACCACUAAGAAUCUGCAAGAAGUCGUCCUGGGAAGAUGCUACAACUACGUCAUGGCGCGGUACCCUGAGCUGGGAGAUAAGGAUUGCCUAAAAAUAUGGGAAUCAUUAAAACAUGCGUUCAUUUACAAGAACCCCUGUAAUAUUACAUCAGAAGAUUAUCAGCCUUUAAUGGAAUUAGCAAGUCAUCCUAUACCCUGUAACAAGUCACUGUUUUGGAGCAAGACAAGUGACCUGGCUCAUCGUUACACAAAAUCCAAUCAAAAUUUCCUUACCUUGGAGGACACCUUGUUGGGUUAUAUGGCUGAUAGGGUUUCAUGGUGUGGAGACCCCUCUGCCCCAGGAAUCAACUAUGAAUCUUGUCCAAAACGAAGUGAAUGUGAGAGCAACCCUAGCUCUGUAUUCUGGAAAAUGGCAUCCAAGAUGUUUGCAGAAGCAGCAUGUGGUGUGGUUCAAGUGAUGCUCAAUGGAUCAGUAGAAGCUGGAGCUUUCAGAAGCAGCAGCAUCUUUGGAAGUAUUGAGAUCUUUAACCUAAAUCCAGAUAAAGUCUCUGCAGUACACAUUUGGCUUAUGCAUGACAUUGGUGGACCUCAAAGUGAAUCCUGCUCAGGUCAUUCCAUAAAGAGGUUAACAAGCAUCUUAGAAGAGCAAAACUUUAAGGUCACCUGUGAAGACAAUUACAGGCCGGUUCAGCUCCUUCAGUGUGUGCACAACCCUGACCACACAGACUGCAGACUUUGCACCAACACCACAGCAACUCCAUGA